AUGUCCCUUUGUGCGCACGGUAGAAACCGGAAGUAGGCUACAAGCAAAAGCUCCAGCAAAACAAAAACACAUUGAAGCAAAAUUAUCAAAAGUCAUAGUGACUCAAAAAUGAACAGUCAAAACCCAAAGGCAAUGAGUAACGAUUCACGCUGUGUAUUUUUUAAUACAGAUUCAGAAGACUAUCGAUGCGUGGUGAUUUUAACAGUAAAACGAGCCACAGGAACAUUCUCCUUAGUAGGAUGCAUUUUCAUGCUGUUUGUGAUCUGGCUGCUUCGCAGGUAUCACUCUUUGGCUCAGAAGAUGAUUCUCAGCCUGACUGUAGCUGCCUUCUUUGAUAGCGUAGGAUAUGUUAUGGGUGAUUCACAUCCAGAGGGAUCGCUUUGUGACUUCCAGGCCUGCUGGCUAACUUAUUUUGACUGGAGUGCCUUGGCCUGGGUUUGCCUCAUCACAGUGAACCUGUAUCUCAACCUGGUCCGAGAAAUCAGCACCAACAGAUAUGAGAUGUCGUACCAUCUGAUGGCGUGGGGGGUGCCUCUGGUCAUGGCCUCUUUGCCACUGCUAAAGGGUUACUAUGGACCCGCUGGAGCCUGGUGCUGGAUCACAGACGAUCACGUAGCCUGGAGAUUUGGGAUAUGGUACGUGCCUCUGUUCAGCCUCAUCUUCCUGAUGAUCUGCUGCUACGCCAGGAUCAUCUGCGUGGCCAAUGCGAGGAUGCAAUCAUGGUUGGGAACCUUCAACCCAGAGAGAGAGAGACGAAAGGUUUCCUUGGCUGAGGAGAUCAAGCCGUUGAAGUGGUAUCCUUCUGUUUACCUGCUGGUGUCCAUCUUUCCCCUCAUCAACAGGCUCCAUAAUGCCUUCUACCCACAGGAUCCAUCCUUCUCGCUCACUCUGUUGCACGUCCUGUCAGCACCACUCCACGGCUUGGCCAAUGCCUUUGUUUUUGGUCUGGAUAGGGAUUGGUGGAGCCUACUGAACCCUACUGGCAUGCAGCUGGCUCUGCAGUCACGGCUGUGUGACAGGACAAGGAUCGGAGAGUACCACCCUGGGGCGGUGCGCUACACACAGGCUGACCUGGUCGACCUCAGCGAUGACGACGACGAUGACACCAACGUGCUCUUCUACUCUCCUGACAUGACCCUGAAAGACCGAGGGCCCUGAGAGAGAGUUGGGGAGAGAGAGAAAGAGAGAGGGAGAAGAGCUGGAGGUCACAGCCAGAAAGAGACGCAGCGGAUUAGAAACUGAGAGGGAGGAACAAGAGGUAGGGAGGGAAUGGAAGGGAAGAUUGGGGGGGACAGUCAGGCAGAUAGAAGGCGGAGAUGAGCUGUCAGGUUCCAUUAUUAAUCCCCAUCCUUUACUAUUUAAUAUCCUAAAGACACACACACACAGACACGUACACGCACGUACACACACACACACACACACACUAGGCAGAGCUGCAGCUCCCUGCAAUACUACCACGAGAGUGGAGGAAGAAAGGAGCGGCUCAAAAGAUCCUCCUAAUGUUAAAGGCAUCUGCUGCAUCCCAAAGGUCUUAAAACGAUUUCCCCUCUCUGCGCUGCCUGCUUGACUCCUGCAUUCUGCAGCACUUUGGCAUACCACCAAAAUGAAAGGGGGAAAAAUACCCAUAAAGAACGGCUGAAAGGCAAUCAUAACAAGGUGUUAGUUUAGCAUUCAGAGCAAUUACCUUUUCACUUCUCUACAGGGGAGGAGGUGAAAAGCAGGCCUUUUUAAAAAGCACCUUGUGUGUCAGACGUGAAAGCAUCUACGCUGAGAUUGAUCCCAAUUCUGAACAAUUUUCUUCGCGAUAGGGGUGAGGGGAGGUGAGGUAUUGUGGAAAUAUAGGAGGGGUUUUUUUAAAACAGUGAAGAUGACUUGGUAGGGCAAAUAAGUCCUAAAGGAGUUUUUCCUUCCUCAGACAGUAUUUGUUUUCUGUUUUUCUGUUUUUCCUUUUUAUAUGGCAUUACUGUUGUUGCAAUUGUCGCACAAAUAUUACUUUGAAAGGUUGUUUUUGUAUUUUUAUGAAAUGCCACAUUUGUUUGUUAUACUGUAUUUAUCAAUGCACUGUAUAUAUUUAAGUGUAUACUCUAUUUUUGUACGUGCCUCAGACUUGAAUGUGCAGUUCGGUCCAAACCUGCUGCUCUCACGUGACAGUCGAGCAGAUUCAAUACAAAUAGCCUUAUGAACAACUAAAAAA